GGCUGACGCAGGUGUGUGUGCGUGCGUAUAUACCUGAAGCAACUGUACUUUAUGCUUUCAGUUUAGUUUGGAGGGUGUCCUCCUGCCGCCAUGACCCGUCGUGCUUUUAACAAGUUAACGUUGAUCAUGCCGAGAAUUUCGCGUCAUUUUGUUAUUCUAUUCGGCAUCGGCUUUUUGAUUUUGACAGUGUGGGCAGACAUCAACGGUCAGCCCGAUUCGAAUCGAACACAAGUGGCAUUAGAUGCUCAACGAUUUAAAGACAACAUUACAGAAGCUCCAGUACUCUGCGAGUGUGAAUUUUUCGUCCAAUCGUGGAAAACAUCUCACAUGAUCCGGUUACCAAUGGGUAUACAACCUGUCCGAGCCAAUUCUAGUUUGCAGUCAUCGAACAAGGAUUCGUGUGUACUUCUUUGUCGAAAUCAGUUGCCGCCUCCACCCGAAAACGACAAUGAAUCCAACUGGGGGCGAAUUUUCAAAGGCGCUUGUCAGACAUUGAUCGCAAAUGAAUUUACUACUCGUCAGUCUGAACAGUCGGAUACCGGAAAUGAUAACGAACCUACCCGUGGUUGCCUGCAAGCAUAUGCUCGAUCAGUCCACACCCGGACUUGGGUACCGAUGGGCAUUGAAUACCGCAAACUUCUGUCUUGUACUCGUUCACGCCGUCGACGGAGCUUGCCGGAGGGAAGAAAAUUGUCGAACGUUCAAAGUUCACUGAACAGCGUCGAUGCCCAGAGCGCCGUAAUAGCUACGUCGUCCGGAAUAACUGUCCGUCCGCCGGAGGAUUCCCCAAAAAAACCAACAACUCAAGAAGCAAACACUUCGCCAUUGAAGAUCAUUUUGAAACGGUUCGGACUUUUUGGUCCUGUCGUUGAGAGCUUGGUUGACAUGUUCGAUGGUGGUGCAUGGCGUGAAUUGCUGAACAAUUUUCGAUUGGGUUCUUAUGUCGAUCGUUAUCAACGCCUUGCCAUCGAUUAUGCCGAGGAAAUGGAUGCUGGUCACUGUUUCUUCGAAUACUUGACCUACAACAUUUUCAACCACCGUUUCGCACAGAGAACUCCCUGGUCGGGUAGCCGCGGGCUUGAAGAUGAUGCGGUCGGAUUCCUGACCAACGCAGCCACCAAUUUCCUUAAGAGCGAAAAUGCUUCGGAAGUCAUUAGUUCAUUGUUUUCUAUGAUCCCACGACCUGCGAUGCAAGAUGAAGUGUCGAAUACGUUAAACCAGCAAUCCGCACCGGAUGUACAAGAAGUGGCCAUGUCCAUCGCUCGGUUUUACCUUCGCAAUUAUUUUAGUACUCUGUCCGGCAGUAAAGUCCGAGUGGACGAACAAGAUCCUACCAAUAAUCCCGAUAGUUUGGCCGACAUGAUUGAACAGGUCAGUCGGCCUGUUUUCCUUUCGAUCUUUGGUGUUGUACCAGGUGUUCCAGCAUCAGGAAAACUGGAUCACCUGCUUUUGAUGAGCUCUAAACCAGAGGUGUCUGAGAUUGGAUUGAAACCACCGGAAUUUAGAAACAAACUCGUCCCCGAACCUGUUCGUACUUCCAGUAGCUUAUUGCCUCCGUUAACACUCACCACUGGCAAUUCGUUUUUCGAUAUUGGGAAUAAUAUUGUGUCGACGUUCCAGCGAGCAUCAGACGCUACCCACGGGCUCUACUGCGUCAAGCAAUACGCCGUCAAUCGAAUGUGGGAUGGCUUCCGCGGUUCGAUGCGUAAAAUGAUGAGAGCUAUUCCUAAUGUCGGAUAAUAUUCCUUGCCAGUCUUUUGGUUUUACGUUAUUUGAUUGUCUUUUUAUUGUUUUAUUUAUGCAUCUGUUCCUUAUAUUUAUGUCUAAUACAACGUGUCGCGAUUA